UAAAUAUAUUAUGUGAAUAGAUCUAAAUUAAACAAUUAGAAAUGAUUUUUCUGACAAAACAAACACGUGUUAUAUCUUGCCACACAAAAAUAACCAUCAAGGUAAAAUGCAUAGUGUUGUUGACAUUGCUUUGUUGUGUUUCGGGUAAUGAAAAUGUGUAUCAAAGGACUAACGAUAUAUUUCUACAAAAUACUUUUUCGACACUCACAAGUCCUACAAGAGUUAAAUGUUGUGCUUAUUGUGAUCAGACGGACGAUUGUAUGAGUGUUAGUUAUCAGGAAUCAUCUAGAACUUGCAAGUUGUCGAGAGAUCCAUUGGUAUCUGUGUUUGUGAACGGACAGACGGACACCAGUUGGAAAAGUUACAGUAAAAAUGAAUGGUUGUUAGUGUUUCGUGGAACUCCAGGUAUCGGUGGUGAUAUAUAUACAGCAUGGGUUGACGGAAUUGGCGUCACCGUAGAUGACGUCACAUGCAUGACGACUGACGUUACUACGUGCAAUAAGAAUUAUCGUAAUCCAAUAGUUGAUUCUUGGAGUUCAGUAGGAAUGCAACAGGUAAAGUUUGCUUUUUACAAGGACAACGAAGAAGCUGCCUACGUAAUAUUUGACGCGACCGGAAGUGACAUUACCAGCUGGUUCUCUUCAUCAAAUAUUGUGGAUUCAUCUUGGACCACACUUGCCACGGAUUCUUUGAAUAUUUUCUCCAUCUAUGGUCAUGAUCCAGGUAGAAGGUUUAUGAUCAAUCGUAAUUAUGGUGGAUGCCCUGCAGAUGCCGGAUAUUCGAUUAUUGUUAUUAAUAAGGCACUACCUUGUACGUACGACAUCCAAUCGUCUUACCCACAAUUCAUAAUUUCUACAUCCGCAACUUCUGGCACUCCCGAAACGAUGACAGGAAUGGAUAAAGCAGAUGUUAUGGCCAUAUUCAUAAAAUAAAAACACGUCGGGGAGUUUAACGUCGUAUACUCGUGAACAUCUACAUUUGCAGAAUGAACAAUUGUUGAGCCAACAAAAGCAUGCACCGCUUCAUAAUACAGCACAUCACACCGUGUUAUAUUCAUAACUUAUUUAAUGCUUUCAUCCGUAAAAAUUAUAUUUGAUGAUUUUACAGUGAAAAUUAUCAAAAUAUAAUCUCACACUCUUCAAUGAUGAGACUACAUUUUUAAGAUUUUUUCCAUGUGGUACCCCA